AUCUCGAUCGGGAUGUCAGAGGGCACCGCGCGGGCCUACGUGUCUGAGAUCGUGCCCCCAAACAGGCGCACACUGUACACGGCCCUCUUGAAUGGGAUCGUGUUUGCCAGCCAGGCGUUCAGCGUUGGCAUCGCUCGUUACGUGCACUGGCGGACCAUGUUCGCCAUCGCGGGCUUUGUUCCCCCUGUUGUAUGCCUAUCAGCGCUGUACUUCAUCCCCAACUCGCCCAAGUGGCUGCUGUCGCACGGACACCCGGAGGAGGAGGCCCUGCGCGCGGUCCAUUUCUUCCACGGAAAGGAUGCCGAUGCCGAAGCGGAAGUCCACAGCAUUCAAGCCUCCCUUAAGCAAACCCAUGUCGACGGCGUCUCCCUCCCCAUGCGCCAGCUGAUUCUGCGACGGGAGACGCUGUGGCCUUUGUUACUUAUCACGGUCGAACUGUUUAUGUACGUCUGGAGUGGCGGCAUGGCGAUCGCUGCCAUCCUACCGCUUGUCUUGAAUAGUGUGAACCUGCCUCUGGACGAGUACCAGAGGGCAGUGAUGCCGGCGGCUCUGUCUGCCAUAUUGUGCCUGCCGACCAGCUUCGUCAUCGAGCGUUUUGGCCGUUUGCCACUGCUGCGCGUCAGUGGCGCGAUCUCCGCGCUAGGAUGUACCGCGAUCGUCAGCUUUUCCUACUUGCCCGAGGCGCUGCAGCUGACGCAGGGCUGGCUAGCGCUGCUGGGCGCCGUGCUCUUGCAGCUCACAUUUUCGUGCAUUGUUUUGCCCAUCGCUUACACCUACGUUAACGAACUGCUCCCGAAUCGCACACGAACCUUGUGCGCCAAUGUCACAAUGGGCACAAUGUAUAUAGACCUCUUUAUUUUCUUCAAGGUGUUUCCCAUGCUCGUUAGUUCAAUUGGCCUCGGGGGUGUCUUCAUUAUCCAUCUAUUGGUUAGUGUUUCACAGAUUGUCUUCGCCACGUUUUGCCUUCCUGAAACGAAGGAUCUUUCGCUGGAACAGAUUCAGAAACUGUUUCAAACGACAAAGAGUACGUCGGGGACAGCAUCGAAUGCAGGCGAUGCCAAAACGGGCCAGGCUGGUGAGCAGGAUCUCGCACUAACAUAAUCAAGACCACCAAGUAUAUGGCUUGACAGCACGUCGUGUUUAAGAAGUUUGGCUUAACCUACUGCACGGUGUAAACCCACGAAGGCCCUAAA